AUGGCGCCGACCACCAAGCUCGAGCGCGUCCCGCUGCUCGUCAAGAACGAUGGCUUUGGCGACACGUGCCCGGAAGAGAUGGGCGGCUGCGUCUCGUCCGUCUUCUUCUCAUGGCUCACGCCGCUCCUCGACCUCGGCAACCAGCGGCCGCUCGAAUUUGGCGACCUCUACCAGCUCAACCCGAGCGACCGCGCACUACGCAUCUCGGCGACCUUUCAGCGCUACUGGGAUGCGGAGCUCGCCAAGCCCAACCCGCGGCUCUGGUGGGCGCUCUCCAAGGCCUUUGGGGCGCCCUUCCUCGUCGCCGGUAUCCUCAAGCUCAUCCACGACUCACUGCAGUUUGUCGGACCGCUCGUGAUCAAGCUCAUCAUCGAGUUCCUCUCGAACCCGGACGCGGACGUCAACGAAGGCCUCGUGUACGCGGCCAUCAUCUUCGUCUCGGGCGUCGGUCAGUCGUUCGCGUUGCGCCAGUAUUUCUUUUACUGCUUUGAGACCGGUCUGCGCCUUCGGUCGGCGAUCGUGACCGCCGUGUACCACAAGUCGCUCGUGCUCUCGGCGUCAGCGAAAGGCGCGCGGUCGACGGGUGAAAUCACGAACCUCAUGAGCAUUGACGCGCAGCGCCUCCAGGAGAUCACCAACUACCUGCACGCGAUCUGGUACGCGCUCUUCCAGAUCGUCGUGUCGUCGUACCUUCUGUACCUCCAACUCGGCGUUGCGUUCCUUGCGGGCGUUGCCGUGAUGCUGCUCAUCAUUCCCACGACGGCCGCCAUCUCGACCAUGAUGCGGUCGCUCCAGCAGCGCCUCAUGAAGGUCAAGGACGAACGCGUCAAGGUCGUCUACGAAGUGCUCUCGGGCAUCAAGGUCAUCAAGCUCCAGGCCUGGGAAAACAGCUUUACGUCGCGCGUCAUGGAGUUCCGCACGAACGAGCUCGACCGCCUGCGCACGUACAUCUAUGCCCGGUCCUUCUCGAGCGUUGUCUUCAACGGCGUGCCGUCGCUCGUGACCGUCGCGUCCUUUGCCGCGUACAUUUACCUCGGCAACACGCUGGACGUGGGCACAGCACUCACGUCGCUCGCGCUCUUCAACAUUCUGCGCUUCCCGCUCUUCAUGCUGCCGAACGUCAUCAACUCACUCGUGGAAGCCCAAGUGUCGUUCACGCGCCUCACCGAGUUUUUCCUUUUGGAGGAGCGGUCGCCCGUGACGGCCGGCCACCUCUCGGACGUGGGCAUUGCGAUCUCCAAGGCCGACUUUACCUACGCGGCCACGCCGACGACGGCCCAAGAGACGGCCGACGCCGAGGUUAACGGUCCGAUUCUGCGCAACGUCUCGCUCAACUUUGGCAGCAACCACCUCGUGGCGGUCGUCGGGUCGGUGGGCUCUGGCAAGUCGACGCUCCUCAGCGGUGUCCUCGGCGACGCGACCUGCUCGAGCGGCUCGGUGCACCUCAAGGGCUCGAUCGCGUACGUGAGCCAGCAGCCGUUCAUCCAGAACGCCACGCUCCGCGACAACAUCACGUUUGGCCUUCCGUUCGACCACGCCAAGUACCAGAACGCGAUUCGCGUCAGCUCGCUCGCCGCCGACCUCAAGAUUCUUCCGGGCGGCGACCUCACCGAGAUUGGCGAGAAGGGCAUCAACCUCAGCGGCGGCCAGCGCACGCGUGUCGCGAGCGCCCGCGCCGUGUACCAAGACGCCGACAUUUACCUCUUGGACGACCCGUUGGCAGCUGUCGACAGCCACGUGGGGUCGGACAUCUUCAAGCAAUGCAUCCAGACGGCGCUCAAGGGCAAGUUGGUGGUGCUGGUGACGAACGGUCUUCAGUUUUUGAAGGACUGCGACGCCGUCGUGGUCCUUGCCGACGGCAAGGUCGCCGAGCACGGCACGUUUGCCGACCUUGUCGCGCUCGAGAACGGGGUGCUGGCGACACUCAUGCAGAGCGUCCAGCAGGCGCCGGCCGAAGAAGUGUACGACGCGGCGACGACGCCCGAGACCGAGGUCGUCGACGACGUGGACGGCGCGAUCGCAGUCGACGUUGAGAAGCGCCGGCGGACGUCGUCGGCGCGCAGCGACAUUGAGAACGACCGCGGCGCCGAAGGCAACUUGAUUGUCGACGAGGACCGCGCGACGGGCGACGUGCCGUGGGCGACGUACAAGGUGUGGAUCCGCGCGUGCGGCGGCUUUGGCGUGGCGUUCUGGGUCGUCUUUUUCUACAUUCUCUCGCAAGUCGUCAACAUUGGCUCGACGUUCUGGCUCUCGUACUGGUCGGAGCAGGCCGGGUCGUCUCAGUCGGACCAGCUCUACUACUUUUGGAUCUUUACGGCCAUGAACGCCGGCUACACGCUCACGUUGUACGUGCGCAUCAUGGCGCUCUACCUCGCCGGUCUCCGCGGCUCGAAGCUGCUCUUCAACCAGCUGCUCGCCCAAGUGCUGCGCGCGCCCAUGUCGUUUUUCGAUACGACGCCGCUCGGCCGCAUCGUCAACCGCCUCUCCAAGGACGUCUACGCGAUCGACGAGUCGAUUCCGGCCAACUGGGGCAUGCUCUUUGGCACGCUCUUCUCGGUCAUCUCGACGCUCGCGACCAUCGUGUACGUGACGCCGUACUUCUCCGUUGUGCUACUCCCGCUCGGCUACAUGUACUACCGGUCGCAGCGCUUCUUUGUCAAGACAUCGCGCGAACUUCAGCGCCUCGACUCGAUCUCGCGGUCGCCCAUCUACGCGCUCUUGACCGAGACGCUCGAGGGCAUUGCGACCAUCCGGGCGUUUGGCGCCGAGACGCAGUUUGCGGCGCGGAACGAAGAGCUCCUCGACCGCAACCAGCGCGCGUACUUCCUGAACUUCUCGGCCAACUGCUGGCUCGCGCUCCGCCUCGAGUUUGCGGGCACGGUCGUCGCCACGGCCGCGGCCUUGUUUGCAGUCUUUGGCCACGAAGCCGACAACAGCGUGGCCUUUGCGGGCCUCGCGGGCGUCUCGCUCUCGUACGCCUUCUCAGUAACCCAGUCGCUCAACUGGUCGGUGCGCAUGCUCUCGACCAUCCAGACGCAAAUGGUGUCUGUCGAGCGUGUUCACAGCUAUUGCAUCAUGGACACGGAAGCCGACCUCUACGCGCCGCAGCAGGUCCAAGCGCAGCUCCAAGCCCAAGGCUGGCCCACCCAAGGUUACAAGCUUUUGGCAGAUUAUGUCAACCAGCUCCUCGCCAGCACGGGACGCCAGUGGACGGAAGCCAACGCCAAGAGUCGCUACGAGUCGUACAUGAAAAGCUACCAAAAAGCCCGCGACGUCAACACACUGGCCCUGCGGGGCAUUGGUCUCACAGAUCGGGACCGCGCCAAGGGCAUUACGACGAUGGCUGAAAAGCUCGAGUCGAUUUGUGCCAACUUCACACUCCUCCACCAUCUUUUUGCGCCGCCCGAGUCUGUCAGCAGCACCACCUCGCACAACAGCCGCGCUCAAUCGAACACCCGCGGGGCCGACAAAGACCACAGCGGCUACGAAGAUGACGAGGACGAUGACAAAGUCGAUGACGACGAAGAGACAGCUUUCAAUCUCGGACCCGGCGACGAUCGCGACCAGCUCCCGUCGACGCUUUUGUCUCGACCCGUAAAAGCGCCCAAGAACGACGUCGCUGCAAUGAUUACGGCGACGCAGACCGCCGAGAUGGACGUGGCGAAAGGCAAGCUGGCACUAGCGCGCGACGAGAUGGAGUACCGUCGCACCAAUGAUGAGCGCAAUCGCAAGACGCAAAUCGUCCUCAAGCUCAUCGAGCUUGGCAAGGCACCGGACGAAAUUAAACCCUACUUGGCGCUUUUGAACGACAUGUAA